ACGGCGGGGAAGGGUCUGGUACACUCUUUAAUGUAGUUUUGUUCUUGCCAACUCAGCAAAAUGCUGUCAAAAUGACGACGUCAUGGAUUAAGUCAUAUGACGUCACAAAUACCACGUGGUGGCAUGUGAUCGAGAAAUGGAUUCCUGUUUGACUGAAGCAGCUGAAUUACUUGGUUAUAGAAACCUUAAAGAUGAACAAAUAUCAUGUCUGACAGAAUUUUUAAGUGGAAGAGAUGUUUUUGUGAUUCUGCCAACUGGUUUUGGAAAAACAGCCUGCUUCACUCUGCUCCCUUUUGCCUUUGACAAGUACCAAAAAAGAGAUUCAGGAAACAAGGCUAUCAUUAUUGUUGUGAGUCCUUUGACAGCCCUCAUUAUAAAUCAAGUGGAAGCUCUUUUAAGUCGCAAUGUAUCUGCUGGUUACAUUAAUUCGGAAUCUACAUCUGACGUUAAGAAAAAUGUUACUCUUGGAAAAUAUUGCAUUGUAUUUAUGGGUCCGGAGCAACUUGUUGAUGAAUGGAGAAGCUUAUUGUCAAGUGAUGUUUACAUGUCUCGCCUUGUUGGUCUAAUUAUUGAUGAGGCUCAUUGUGUUGUUAAAUGGGGUAAAACUUUUCGUGAAGCAUUUACACGACUAACUGAAGUGAGGAGUACAAUGCCAUCACAUAUAGGCAUUAUGGCAUUAACUGCUACAGCCACAAGAACAUUACGUCUACAGGUGGAACAAAUUCUAGGGAUGAGAUCGCCACUAGCAAUUAUUCGUUCUCCUGACAAACCAAAUCUCAGAUUCAGUAAUAUAGAGCUGGGAGGUGUAAAUAAUUAUGGGGUUCCAAAUAUAUUCCAUCAUAUCCUUAUUGAAUUGAGGGAGAAACUGACUGAUUUACAAAGGGUCAUGAUAUUUUGUAAGGUGAAGACAGAUUGCCCAAAGUUAUACACAUUUUUUAAAGCGUGUUUGGGAAGAUACUUCACUCAUCCACCUGGAGCAUCUACAGAUUUAGUUGAAUGUCGUCUUGUAGAUAUGUUUUUUAAAGGAACACGUACACAUGUUAAACAAAGAAUUAUAGAGAAUUUUACUAAAGAUUCGUGCUUACGCAUUAUUAUCUGUACUGAUGCAUUUGGAAUGGGAGUAAAUUGCCCAGAUGUAAGGCUUGUCAUACAUUAUGGUGUUCCAAGUGAUGUGGAGACAUACGUACAGCAAAUAGGAAGGAGUGGUAGAGAUGGAAAGGAAUCUUAUGCAGUCCUGUUGCAUUCAAAAAAAGAAGAUGGAGAAUUGUAAUGAACACAUGACAAAGUAUGUUGAGAAUAAGGCGUCUUGCAGAAGAGAUUACUUAUUUCAAGACUUUGAAAAUACAUCUCAUGAUAGCAUAAAUAAAGGAUGCAAAUGCUGUGAUGUUUGUGCGAAACAUUGUUUGUGUGGUCAAUGCAUUGUGUCACUUACUCAAAAUUAUUCAUUUAUG